AUGAUUGAAGGCAGCUCCCGCCCUGGUGCGCCUGGAAUUAUUGACGAACUACCGCCUAUCGGCAACCCGCGCACCCACUCGAACAACAAUCUUGUCACAGACUCGGCCGCUGCCGGGACUGGUCUCGCCACGGGACACAAGACAAACAACGGUGCGAUCGGUAUUUUGCCUGACAACCAGCCCGUUGGAUCCAUUCUCGAGGCUGCCAAGCUUAAUGGCUAUCGGACUGCCCUUGUCGUUACCAGCAUCAUCAACCAUGCAACCCCAGCCGCCUUCUCAUCUCAUGUGGUCAAUCGCAAUGGCCUCGCCGCCAUUGCUGAGCAACAGAUCGGUUGCAGUCACCCGUUGAAUCAGUCCAACCGCUCGGCGUUCGACGACCUUGAUAAGGGUCUCGGCGACAUCCGGCUCCGGUAUGUCGGUCUUUUCAGCGACGGCGACCUCAACUACGAGAUCGAUCGCCAGCAGCAGCCUGAAGCGGAUCGUGAACCCUCCCUUGCCGAGAUGACGACGGCGGCCCUCAGCUCGCUGCACCGUGCCUCGCACUGCAAGGAUAAGGGUUACUUCAUCAUGAUCGAGGCCUCGCGCAUCGACCACGCCUCACACGCUUACGACUCGGUCGCGCAUCUAUGGGACGUUCUGGAGUACAACAACGUUGUCAAUGUUGUGACUAAGUGGAUCGAUGAGCAUCCCGACACGGCUAUGCUGUCAGUCGCCGACCACGAGACAGGUGGACUAACCUUCCCGAGCGGCUAUGAUCCCCGUCCGCUGGCCGCUGCCAAGCAUUCCAUCGCCUACCUGACGGAGCUGUGGAACGACUACAAUGGCAACGACCGUCGCGGCUUCUUGAGGAACGAGAUCCUCCCGGCGUAUGGUGUCAAUGAUGCCACGGAUGCGGAGGUCGAAGCGCUGCUCGCGGGCGACUUCGCGGCGAACCUUGCGAAGCCGAUGAAUAAGCGCACUGGCCAUGCCUGGUCGACGUGUGGUCACUCCGCCGUCGACACGACGCUGUACGCCUAUGGUGCGGAAGAUAUGGGUGAUCAGCUCAUCAUCGACAUGGCCGGCGCGCACAAUAACACAGAGUUGCCAAAAUAUAUCGCAAAGGCGUUGAAGGUCAGCCUAGAGGAGGUGACAGAGCUGCUGCGAGCCAAUGGAACGGACUGGAUCCCUCGGGUCUGA